AUGGCUUCUAUCGGCUUAUUUGAAGCAUCCAUAUCUCUUUUUUGCUUUCUCAUCUUCUAUUACUUCUUCAUCAAGAAAAAUUGUGGUUACUUGCUUAUCAAGAAAACCCUUCAAAGCUACGCUUGGAACUGGCCUGUUCUUGGGAUGCUUCCAGCUUUGUUCGUGUGGCACAAUGGAAUCGAUGAUAUCAUCUGGUUCAUUGAGAAGAAGAAUUUGACAUUUCUAUUCAAGGGUCCAUGGUUCACUAGAAUGGAUGCGUUGAUCACGGUUGAUCCAGCUAAUAUACAUCAUAUAUUUAGCUCAAAUUUCUCCAAUUACAUCAAAGGAUCGGAUUUCAACGAGAUAUUUGAUGUUUUCGGAGACGCGAUAUUCAACACCGACUCAGAGCUAUGGAAGAAUCAAAGAAUGUCCAUUCAGGCCAUGCUCAGUCAUCAAGAUUUUCAAAACUUUUCAAUGAGUAUCACUACAAGUAAACUCAAGGACGUGCUUCUCCCUCUUUUCAAUCGCUAUUCAGAGGAAGGGACAAUCGUGGACUUGCAGGAUGUGUUCCGGAGAUUCACCUUCGAUACAGCCCUGGUUACAAUUACCGGGUCUGAUCCUCAAUCUCUCUCCUUUGAAAUGCCAGACGUUGAGUUUGCAAAAGCCUUCGACAAUGCCGGGGAUGCCAUUGUGAUUAGGCAUGUCAUGCCGAAAUUCUUAUGGAAGUUGCAAAACCGGAUGGAAUUGGGACAAGAGAAGACGUUGAUAGAAGCGGGUGCCACUUUUGAUCGAAUCUGCGCGAAAUAUAUAUCUGCAAAGAGAGAAGAGAUAAGAUCACAAGGAUUUGAUCAUGAUCAUUCAAAUGGAGAAAGUGAGGAUCUUUUGACAUCACACAUAAAGCUAGAUACAAGCAAGUAUGAGCUCUUGAAACCAAACGAUGAUAAGUUCCUUAGAGACACCAUUUUAACUUUCAUUGCCGCAGGGAGGGAUACCAUUUCCACUGCUCUCACUUGGUUUUUCGGGCUCCUCCUAAAACACCCUUACGUGGAAGCCAAGAUUCACCAAGAGAUCAACACAAAUCUACCAAAAUCCAGAAGUAGUCAAGAGAGGCCAUGGUCGGCUAUUGAUCGCAAAGCUUAUCUGAACAAGUUGGUGUAUCUACAUGGGGCGUUGUGUGAAGCAAUGAGGCUCUAUCCACCAGUUCCGUUCCAGCGCAAGUCUCCUAUAAAAUCAGAUGUACUUCCAAGUGGGCACAAAGUCGAUGCAAACUCUAUCAUUAUCAUCCCUAUCUAUGUGUUAGGGAGGAUGAGAUCUGUAUGGGGAGAUGACACAUUGGAAUUCAAGCCGGAGAGAUGGAUUUCAGAGACAGGAGGGUUGAGACAUGAGCCUUCCUUCAAGUUCUUAGCGUUUAACUCUGGCCCAAGAACUUGUCCUGGUAAGCAUUUAGCUAUGACUUCAAUGAAGGCCAUAAUUGUGGAGAUAUUACAACACUAUGACGUUAAGCUCAUCGAAGGACAGAAGAUUGAGCCAAAACCUAGACUUGUUCUUCAGAUGAAUCAUGGGCUUAGAGUCACGCUUACUAAGAAAUAUUCAUCUUGA